AUGAAAGAUGCAGUUUUUACCGAUUUAGGUACACGAUUUUAUUCUGUAUGCCGUUUCUGCGUGUCGGACAGUGAUUGUUUGCCUUUAUUUUUACCUGAUGGGAGUUUCAACGAAGAAUUGCAGAAAGCAUUUGAAAUCAUCGCUGCAAAAGUGGACGAAAGUGAUGGUUUACCAAAUAACAUAUGCCGGAAUUGUUUACAAAUAAUAGAGAAUUUUGUCGAUUUUGAGUCGAACUGCUGUGAUUCUUAUGAAAUUCUUGAACAAUUUAUGCGGAACUCUUCGUCUGUUGAGAACCUGGAGAUCAGUGAGGAAGUUGUGAAACAAAUAAGUAAUGAUGAAAUUGACAUUGAAAUACUAAAAGAAGAUAUUUCAGCAUCUGAUUACAUAGACGAUUGCGAUGAAGAACUGGUGGCAUUCGAUGAACAACAAAAAUCAGAGGAGAUAAAAAAACAUAUGGAAACGAGUUUUCUCGGCGAUAACAGUGAUAUUGAUCAAAAUCUGCCAGAAGAAAUAGACAGCGAAAAUGAUGUAGCUAUUGCCGUAAGGAGAACGAGCAAAUCAAACACGAAACAAUCAGACAAUGAUGAAGAUUAUAAAAAUGAAGUAACAGAUGAUGAGAAAGAUGAUGGUAAACAAUCUUCAAAUUAUAAAAUGGAUGAGCUGAACAUGAAUGCAGCAAAUGCUACCGUAUUGGACUAUUUUUAUCGUAAUAACAGAAAAAUUCCUAUUGUGCAAUGCAUAUUUUGCAAUAGAACUUAUCGUGGCAGAAACACACUUCGAAAACAUUUGAAGAUACAUUUUCAAAUCAAGGACUACACGUGUGACCAGUGUCCGCAAUCUUUUUCCGAUCGGUCUUCUCUUCGCUCUCACCAACAACGCCACUCAACGAUAAAACCGUUCCUGUGUGGUCAAUGUCCACGAUCGUACUAUUCGGAAGUUCAGUUGAAACAACAUUUGACCAUGAAACAUGGGAAACGAAAGUAUGUUUGCCCCAUCUGUUAUAAACGGUUUCCUUCGCAAGCAAUCCUAGAUGACCACGCACUUGUACAUAAACCGGAGCGACCUUUCGUGUGCUAUAUUUGCGGAAACAGUUUCAAACGAAACCGCAAUCUAGACAGGCAUCUGCGAGGGCAUGAAAAAGAUAAAAUCUCAAAGGCAGAAGAAACAAUCAAUUCAACUCAAACCAAUAUUUCUUGCCAGUUCUGUGCAAGUGAAUUCGACAUACCCUCAAAGCUGUUGGAUCAUUUGAUUCAGUCCCAUUCAGAAGCAUAUCAAACAAUCCGCAUGGGUGUACAUCAUUGUCCGCAUUGUCAUACUCAAUUUGACGAUUUAAGUGACUGUCUACAUCACCAAAAUAAACAUUAUUUAAUCAUGCUCGAUACAGGAAAAACAGUCUCGUAUGAAUGUGGAGAAUGUGGCAAACACAUAAAAUACAAGUCGUUGGCGGAGAAACACUUUCAAUCACACCAAUCUGAACGAAGUUUUACGUGUUCGGUUGAAAAUUGCUCAAAAAGAUAUAAGUUUAAAGUUCAUUUAACGCGUCAUUUUCGAGAAAUUCAUGAAAAAUGCAACGAAUGAAUAUCAACCAUCAUACAGUUGUACUACGAUGAAACACCACAUGGAAAAGUGUUUAAUUAACUAAACGAUAAUCUUUUCUGUUGGAAAUAAAAGUAUCAAAAACCAAAAAUACGUAAAGUGUGGAAACAUACAGUUUCUUUUACGUUUUUAAU